AUGUCGAAGGCUGUACAGAACCCGCCAAUUAAAGUGGAGACAAAAUCUCGCUCAUGUAGUGCCAUUUUGAAAAGCCCAUAUGGCAUGCCCUACGAAUUUACGGCAACAGAUGCCCCUCAGCCAUCCAGGGACGAAGCUCUGGUCCGCCUUGACUUCACCGGAGUGUGUCAUGGAGACGUCUAUAGCCGCGAUGGCGGUGGACCGGCGCCCCAAACCCCCCUGCGGCCCUUGGUCGGGGGCCACGAAGGAGUCGGGAGAAUCAUGGCUCUGGGCGGCGACAAGAAGGCUUCUAUGGGCUUCCAAGUUGGUGACAUGGUCGGCAUCGCUUGGAGGGGCGCCACUUGCGGCGAAUGCGAAGCCUGCAAGCUUGGGUGUGAGAACUAUUGCCCGCACCAGCAGGUGAAUGGCAUGCACAGGAAUGGCACAUUCCAGCAGAUCAUUGCGUUUCCUCUCAAAGAGCUCGUCCACUUACCUGACGGCAUAGACCUGCCUUCAGCAUGCCCGACUCUCUGCGCAGGCGUCACCGCCUACGUGUCAUUGCGCAAAAUGAACCCUCAGCGAGGUAGAUGGUGUGUCAUCAGCGGAGGUGCCGGAGGAGUUGGGCAUAUGGCCAUACAAUAUGCCAAGAAGGUAUUCGGGUUAAAAGUUCUUGUGAUUGAUGGGGGCGCUGGGGAUAAAGAGCGGUUCUGCAAGCGCAAAGGCUGCGACGAGUAUGUCGACUUCCACUUAGCAGGAAGUCGACUGUCGAAUGAAAUGCAGCGACGCAUGGGUGGUGGAGCCGACUAUGUGCUCAUAUUGAGCCCGCAUCAAGCAGCGUACGAGUAA